CUUUGUUUUCUGUCCACUGCCUCUAGUCGUCUUCCGCCUCUGCUCCGCCGGCGCCGCCCAUGGCUUCCUCCAUGGCCGCCGCCUGCACCGCCGCCAAGGCCUCCCUCUCACCGGCGCAGUCGACGAACCAGAGGACGCCUGCCCAGGGCCGCCUCCUCUUCCCCGGCGCGGCCCCCAGCUCCCGCUCCCUCCGGCUCCGCCCCGCCGGCCGCCGCUCGCCGGCGACCCGCUCCUUGCCUCGGGCGGCCAAGGCUGUGGUGGCAGCGUUGGCUGACCCUCUCAAGGUCAUGAUAUCAGGGGCUCCCGCGUCAGGCAAGGGCACGCAAUGUGAGCUCAUCAAGGCCAAAUUUGGUCUGGUGCACAUCUCUGCUGGAGAUUUGCUACGGGCGGAGAUCGCUGCUGGGUCCGAGAAUGGGAAGCAGGCCAAGGAAUUCAUGGAGAAGGGCCAGCUGGUGCCUGAUGAGAUUGUAGUCAAUAUGGUUAAGGAACGCCUUCUGCAACCAGAUGCUCAGGAAAAUGGUUGGCUAUUGGAUGGUUACCCGAGAAGUUAUUCACAGGCAAUGGCAUUGGAAACUCUUGCAAUCCGACCUGAUAUUUGCAUUCUGUUAGAUGUUCCGGAUGAACUCCUUGUUGAAAGGGUGGUUGGAAGACGCCUUGAUCCUGUCACGGGGAAAAUAUAUCAUUUAAAGUAUUCUCCACCAGAGAAUGAAGAAAUUGCUUCAAGGCUUACACAAAGAUUUGAUGAUACAGAAGAAAAGGUCAAGUUGAGGCUGGAGACUUAUUAUCAAAAUAUCGAGUCCUUGCUAUCAACAUAUGAGGAUGUUCUUGUCAAAGUGAAAGGAGAUGCAACCGUGGAAGAUGUUUUUUCCAAGAUCGACGAGCUGCUGAGCUCUAGCCUGGACAAGAAAACAGAAAUUGUGGCCAACGCCUGAGCGGGUAAAAUCCAUGCAGGUCAGGCAUGUUUCUGCAAGCUGCCUUGCAUGCUAGGAAAACAUCUCCAUUUGGAUGUGGUUGAAACAUAGGGUUUGCCUGGAAUUGUACCAUGUGUUGUUGUACACGAAUGGAAGUGACAGAUCAUUCAUAGUUAUGAGGACUUCAGAGAUCCCUUUUACCGUACCUGCGCUGUACAUGGUUUGCUGACAUCCUGUAAACAUACAUGUUAUGUUUCCCAGCUAGAGAAAUGGUCAGUGACUGAUUUUUAUUGGUUUGCUGGAACA